UGGCUCACAGAGUUCAUAGCCAGCACUCUCGUGCAAAGAAAAUAAAAUAAAAAUUGCUUCUAAGAAGUCUAAAUAAAUGUUAUAAAAUAUUUGAAAAGCUAAAAAGUCAGAAAGCGAACUAAGUGCAACAUGGCAUCAGAGGAAAAUGGAGAGGUUUAUACGGAGGAUGAGGCAAACGAGGCCAUGUCCUUGAUCCAGGAGCACGAGCUGCCCAUGUCGGAUCUGCACUAUGCCCUCAAGUAUGUUCGUAUCCUGCAUCAGGGACAUGAUCCGCAGGAUCCUCAAAAGGAAGUGGAAAAAGUGCCAGAGGUAUCACCACCAGAAUUCGAUGGUGAUUACGAGGAGACCCUUGAAAGAUUCCUAAUUCGGGAUGUUGAAUAGUUUUCAUUGAAAAUGUGUUGUAGAUAUUAAAUAGAAUAUAGAGAUUUCUCAACCUUUCCUGUAAAAUAUAAAUUU